GAUAGGCGUCGCUUGUGGGUAGAUACGUUUAACUCAGCUGUGUUGAGAUAGAAGGGCAUCAGCUCAUUUAAAACACUGGUGUUUGUUGUAGCAAAAAUGCAACAAUGUUUUUAAUUCUUUAUCGCAAACACUGAGAAGUGGGGAGUUUAUUGAAAUGGCGGCGACAUGGCGGAGCUUCAGUUGGUUUCCACACCGCAUGCUAGCAGCGAACUGUCGGCUCUUUAGCUCCGAGCAGAAAAACAUCACAAAGGUAUCUCCAUUAAGGCCAGAGCCCAGCCCUGCACAUGACUGGAUCGGUCCACCAAACCCUCUGUCAAAUUUGCGGCCCAUUGUUUACCGCGUCAUUGAGAAUGAAUCUGAUGUGGAAAAGCAGCUGAGAAAGCUGAGGCAGGAGACUGAAGACUGGAAUAACGAUUUCUGGACAAAGCAGAACGUCAGCUUCAGCAAGGAAAAGGAUGCUUUCAUCAUCUCACAGCUAAAAGCUAAAGGCUUGAGUCUCCGAGGAGAAGAUGGAAGACGACGAACUCUAAGCAGUGAGGAUAUGGCAGUAUUUUACAAAAGCUUCUUGGAUAGAAAUAGAAUACGACACGCAAAUUAUAACAAAGAAUGGUACAGACGAAACUUCACCAUCACUUUGCUCAUGGCCAAAGUCGCCUUCAGCACCUUUUGGAGGAAUGUUGUUGAAAACCAGAAGAAGAAAAAAAGCACUCCGACAAUGUGAAAAUAAAUACAAUUUUUAAGUGUG